AUGGAGGUGUUGGGACCCCGACGACAAGGCACAAUGCACGGUAUUAACACCCUUCUGGCCAGUUGUAGCCGAGUUCUAGGGCCCGUAGCGGUCACUGAUAUGUUCGGCUAUUUCGGCCCACGAGUCGUCUGGCUGUUUCAACUUGGAGUUUGGGGUGUACUGCUCGCCGCUAUUGCUGCUUGCUACAAGCGACUUGUUCCUUUGGACGUACCACAACAGCAGCAGGACGAGUCGGAUGCUGAUGAUGAAGUCAAAAAGCCAAUUGAUGAAGAUCUAUAA